UGCCAAUGAGUGCGGAAACAACGCAGGAGCGUCAUGCUGUCUAGUGUGUAAAAUACUGACCCUGUGUCUCUGAUUGAAGUGAAGGUUUUCCGAAUGUGUCCUUCGCAUUUGUCUCUGCACUUUACUUUUCAAAUUGCAUGAUCAUGUUUCCUGUACGGCAGCUUGGGCACAGAGCUCUUGUUUUAAACAGAGCAUAUCCUUUCCAGUGUUUUCCGUAUGGAAACAGCAGAUCUGACAAUUACAGUGAACAGGAUGACCAAAGUGGACCCGUGGGUAUUCCAGUUGAUCGCCUGAAAAUCCGCUACAGUCGCAGCAGUGGACCCGGUGGCCAACAUGUAAACAAAGUGAACUCCAAAGCAGAGGUUCGUUUCCAUGUGCAGACAGCUGACUGGAUCCCAGCAGAGGUGCGCUCUGAGCUGCUGCUAAGGUAUAAGACCCGUAUGAACAAGGCGGGGGAGCUGGUGGUCACCUCGGAGGUGAGUCGCAGUCAGCACCGGAACCUGGACGAAUGUCUUCAGAAGAUCCGCCACAUGAUCUCGGAGGCCAGCUACACACCUCCAGAGCCCUCAGAAGAGGACCUCGCUCUCAGGGCCCAACGGUUGGAGAAGAGAAAUCAGGAGCGCCUGAAACGGAAGAAACUUCUCUCUACGCUGAAGCAGUCACGGCGUGUGGAUUUUGACUAAAAUGAGGGAAUAUACAUCUCUUAAAAGAAGCCAGACUGCAGUCCUGUAAAUACUUCCAUUGAAGUUCAAUUUAUUUAUUUAUUUAUGAAAAUAAUGAAUAAAGCACCUCUUUUGUAAAAA